GCUGUCUGCCGGCUGACGGAGGGAAAACAAGAACCGACUCAGGAACAAUGAGAAUGGGAUUCCAGCGUUUUGUUUGUUGUGGACUGUGGUGACUUCUGUGACUGCACUCUUCAAAUUUCAACAUUAAACUUUAUUCAUCAUGUCCUCAUUGACGGCAGAACAACGUCAGCGGAUAGAAGAGAACCGCAAAAGAGCGCAGGAAUUGAAGAAGAAGGCUGCAACAGCUGCAGCAGCCUCGGCUAAUAUUAACAAUUCUGCAGCUUCUUCAGUCCAAGGCAGCAAAUCAGUGCCCUUGAAAUCCUUCUACGGGUCAAACAGCAAAAAGCCUCUGGACGUCACAGUGGCGAAAAAGCCGAAAUUAGAAACAAAAGAGGUGCCCAAAUCUUCGAUGCCUAGUCAGGCGAAUCAGGGCAUUUGCAAACUCCUUUCCAAGGACAGGUUCAAGGUUGCCAUGGGUUACAACCAGCAGGUCAUCGAAAUAUUCAAAUCCAUUCCUUCUAGACAAUAUGAUGCAAUUGCGAAGACCUGGACUUUCCACCUCAAGGAUCACAACAAGCUGAAAGAAGCCGUCAAGGCAGUGAAACCACCUUUUUAUCUCACUCACAUUCCGGCUAAAAUUGUUGAGUUGAUGCAGCAACCCAGCGCCAGCACAGAAGACAUUGAUCUUUCGCGCCUGGAUCCAGUCUGCAGAGAGGCUCUAAUGCCAUUCCAAGUCGACGGAAUCAAAUUUUGCAUCUCUAAAGGAGGCAGGGCGAUGCUGGCUGACGACAUGGGUCUCGGCAAAACAAUCCAGGCGCUCGCCGUCGCCAAUUACUACAAAGAGGACUGGCCUCUUCUCAUUGUGUGUCCUUCCUCAGUCAGAUUUUCGUGGGCUGAGUCAUUCAGGAUGUGGCUGCCGAGCGUUCCAUGGCACGAAGUUGUAGUCAUGACAAAUGGAAAGGAGUUUGUGGCUGACGCCAGAAUCCUCAUCAUCUCUUAUGAUCUCUUGACUAGGCAGAAGGAUAUGCUGGAGAAAAUGAAAUUUGGAGUCGUCAUCAUGGAUGAGUCACACAGUGUUAAAAACACCAAAUCCAAGCGCUCCGAGGCCGCAGGGCAGUUGGUAAGGGGUGCCAAGCGACUGCUGAUGCUGACUGGUACGCCCGCCCUCUCCAGGCCCAUUGAACUCUACUCGCAGCUAAACAUCAUCCGACCAAAUGCCCUGAUGAAACUACAUGAAUAUGGAGUGCGGUACUGCGCUGCAAAGGAGACAAAUUGGGGCUGGGACUACUCUGGCUCGUGCAACAUGGACGAGCUCAGCAUUGUGCUCAAGGAGUGCUUCAUGAUUAGAAGACUGAAAAAGGACGUGCUCACCCAGCUGCCGGGCAAAUUCAGACAAACUGUGGUGCUGCCAGUUGGCUCAAUCAUCAAGGAGCAAAAGGAACUACAAGCUGCAAAAGCGAGGCUACUCAACAUCAACAGCAACUCUGAAAAACACGGUGCUUUGCUGCACUACUUCCAUGAAACCAGCUACAUCAAAAUUAAGGCCAUUUGUGAUUACAUCGUGGAGCUGCUAGAGGAAGGCAAGAAAUUCCUGUGCUUUGCGCACCACAAGGCUGUGCUUGACGCUGUUUGUGACAGAGUCAUCCGCAGCAAAUUCAGGUACAUUCGCAUUGAUGGCGAGACGUCAUCAGCAGCGCGGCUAGAAGCGUGCCAGACCUUCCAGGAGGACCCUGCCUGCAAGGUGGCUGUGCUCUCCAUCAUGGCGGCAAACUCAGGAAUUACCCUGACGGCCGCUCACAUGGUCGUCUUUGCUGAGCUCUUUUGGAAUCCUGGGAUUAUGCUGCAAGCUGAGGAUCGAGUGCACAGAAUCGGGCAGCAGAAUACGGUUGUGGUGCAAUACCUGGUGGCCAAGGAUACGUCCGACGACCACAUGUGGAACCUUCUUCAAAAGAAACUGGCUGUUCUGAACAAAGCUGGCCUGAACCAGGACAACCUAACUGACACCUCUAGCACCAGAGUUUUGCAGGACGCUGACCAAAACAAAAUUACCAAGUACAUUCAAACCACAAGCAAAGACGAGGAGGAGGAAGACAUGCUGGAUGACGUGGACUGGGACGCUAUCGACGCUGAGGUGUCUGCGUGCUCAAAGUGAAUUAAAAGCCAUAAAUGUUUUCCUAA